AUGAGUAAACCAUCAACACCUAUUUCAUCACCAAGAAUACUGCAUUCAAGAGAUUCAAUACUACCUAAUUCAUCAACUACUACUACAACUACUACUACCGAUGAUAGCAAUAUAUUAAUUAAUGAUCAAUCAAUAAAAUCAAAAACUACAAGCAACAAAAGACAUUCAACUAAUUCAUCACAACUUACGAAUAAACCAUCUACACCUUCACCACCAAAUAAAAAACGUCAUUCAAAUCAAUUUUUAAAAACUCCUGAACAAUCCAAAGAUUCCGGUUUAAAAAGAAAUUCAAUUUCACUACCCUAUACUCCAUCUUAUAAAAGAACAAGUUCAGGUUCUUAUAAAUCACCAGAUGGUAAAUUAAUUUAUCAUAAUGUAAAUUCACCUUAUAGUGCUGCACAUUUAUUAAAAACUCCAAGACAUUCAUUUAUUGAUAAUGAAGAAAAUGAAGAAAAUGAUGAAGGUCAUAAAUUAAAAAUGAUGAAAACUCCUCAAUAUUUAAAUACCGCAAAACGAUUAUUUCAAAAUGAUAAUACUAAUGAAAUAAGUCCUAAAAGAGAAGAUUUGAAUGAAAUAAGUUCAACUUUAAAAAAUAGAUUAAGUUCAGCUUUGGGGAAAUUACAAAAAGAAGAAUCAAAUAAUUCUAAAAUAUCUUUUACAGAAUUGUCAUUUGAUUCUCAAACUUCACCAACUAAAAAAUAUCAUACUACCAAGAAGAACAAUAUGACAUUAAAUAAUUGGACUCCAACAAAUUCAUUAAAUAGAGCAAAUUUAAAUUUACAAACUUUACAACAAUCUCCAAUAAGUAACACAAAUUUAUCAUUAUCACCAAAUAUUGAUCAACAUUAUAAAUUUAAAAAUUCUUCAACAACAAAUCAAAAUUCAGAUUCUAAUUCACCUUUGAGAAAUUCACCUAUAUUAAAAGAAAGAGAUGAAACUUUUGCAAGAUUAAAUGAUAUGCCUUCUCCUGAUGAUGAAAAUAGUGCUCAUAAUGCAUUAUUAGCUACUUUAUCAAGACAAAAAAAAUCAAGAUUAUCUUUUAAUGGUGGUGAUAAUAAUAAUAAUUCACAUUCACAGCAAUUACAUCAACCGCCAAAUUUUCAAUUAGUUAAAUUACCACCAAUUGAUGUAGCUGCCCCGAUAGAUGCCGCAGCAGCAACUUUAAUUUCAUUAUCAUCACCAAGAACAAUUAAACAUCAACAUAAUCAUAGUAAAAAUCAAAGUAUAAAUGGAACAAAUAAGUCACCAAGUUCAUCAAGAUCUUCACUGGUUCAAUUACUUUCACCAACUUUCAAUACCAAUCUACAACAACAUCAACAACAACAGCAAACCUUACCACCUUUUUCAAGGUUAGUAAAUGAUGGUAAAAUGAAUGUUAAAAGAGGUGGAGUGGUAUUUAGUGACGAAACUGAUGAUGAAAUAGAAGAUAACGAUGAUAUGAUGGAUGAUAAUGAUAAUGAUUCUGAUAGAACUGUUGAUGAAGAUAAAUAA